AUGUUCAUGGAGAGGUCACAGAGCCGGAUUAGCCUGUCUGCAUCAUUCGAGGCUCUGGCCAUCUACUUCCCCUGCAUGAACUCCUUUGAUGAAGAAGAUGGGGAAGAUGGACGCAAGCUUAAAGGUGCUAUUCAACGCAGUACUGAGACUGGACUUGCUGUUGAGAUGCCGAGUCGAACUGUACGUCAAGCAAGCCAUGAAUCAAUAGAAGAUAGUAUGAACAGCUAUGGAUCUGAGGGAAAUUUGAACUACAGUGGGAUGUGCCUGGCAUCUAAUGGACAGUUUAGUGACUUUCUUUCUGGCAUGGGCCCAGCACAGUUUGUUGGAAGACAGACAUUAGCAACUACUUCCAUGGGGGAUGUUGAGGUUGGUCUUCUGGAAAGAAAUGGACAACUUGAAGUGGAAAUUAUCCAGGCUAGAGGACUGACAGCAAAGGCCGGUUCCAAAACAGCACCAGCUGCUUACAUAAAGGUUUAUCUACUAGAGAAUGGACUCUGUGUUGCUAAAAAGAAGACAAAAGUUGCCCGGAAAUCAUUAGACCCCUUAUAUAACCAGGUUCUUGUAUUUUCAGAGGGCUCACAAGGGAAAGUAUUACAGGUGAUGGUCUGGGGAAAUUAUGGAAGAAUGGAAAGGAAGCAUUUUAUGGGAGUUGCCAGAAUACUUCUAGAAGAGUUGGAUUUAUCAAGCAUGGUUAUUGGCUGGUACAAGUUAUUCCCGACCUCAUCAAUGGUAGAUCCAUCAACAGGUCCUCUCCUUCGUCAAGCUUCGCAACUUUCCUUGGAAAGCACUGUGGUACCAUGUUGUGAGAGAUCUUAA